AUGAAGCAGCACCUGACCACGCUCAUCGCCACCUCGGCGCUCCUGAUGCCCCUGGCGUCCGCCGACUGGCAGUUCCGGACGCGCCCCGACCUCGCCCCGCCCCGCCUCAACAUCACCAUCCCGGCCACCGCGGGCGUCGAGCAGGGCUAUCUCUUCGUCGCCCCGUUCGCGGGCCUACCGGACACCCCGACGGAGCAGCACGGUCCGCGCCAGGCAGGGCCGUACAUCUUCCGCGACGACGGCGAGCUCGUGUGGUCCGGGUAUGCCAUCUACAGCAUCUGGUCGACCAACUUCCAGGCGGCGCGCUGGCGCGGGCAGGAUGUCUUGUUCAGCUUUGAGGGGGAUCAUAACCCCGGGUAUGGGCACGGUCAUGGGCACAUUACGUUCCUGAACCAGCAUUAUGAGACGAUCAGAGAGCUGCGAGCUGGAAACCAUAAGCUUGUUGACAAGCAUGAGUUCCAUGUCGUCAAUGAGGAGACGGGCUUGAUCCAGAUCUAUCAGCCUGUGCCCAGAGACUUGACGCCUUGGGGAGCGAAGCCCGAGCAGCAGUGGAUUGUGAACGCCAUAAUUCAAGAGCUCGACAUCGCCACUGGCAAGCUGCUCUUUGAGUGGUCCAGCCUUGACCAUGUCACUCCCGAAGAGGCCAUCCUGCCCAUCAACCCCGGCCAGGCCGGCUCGGGCUACAACAGCUCUGACGCAUGGGACUACUUCCACAUCAACAGCGUUGACAAGGAUGCCGCGGGCAACUACCUCAUCUCCGCUCGCGACGCCUGCUCCGUGCACAAGAUCAACGGCACCGACGGGUCCAUCAUCUGGCGUCUGGCGGGCACCAACUCCUCGUUCACCCUCGGCGAAGGCGUCGACUUCUGCUUCCAGCACCACGCGCGCUGGCUGUCUCAGGACGGCGACGAGGAGGUCCUGAGCCUGUACGACAACAGCGCCCACGGCACCGAGCACGGCGGCGGCAAGGAGGUCCACACCGCGCCGACCAGCAGCGGCAAGAUCAUCCGCGUCAACACCCGCACCUGGGCGGCGGAGCUCGUGCAGGGCUUCUAUCCUCCCGACGACUUGUUGUCUAAGAGCCAGGGUUCGACGCAGAUCCUGCCGGGCGGCAACGCGCUGGUCAACUGGGGGUCCUCCGGGGCCGUGACCGAGUUCAAGGCCGACGGCACGCCCGUUUUUCACGCGUACAUGGACUCGGGCGAUCUCGGUGUCGCGGUGGAGAACUACCGCGCUUUCCGUUUCAACUGGACCGGCCUACCCACCGAGGAGCCCGCGAUCGUGGCGCUCGAGAACAAGGACGGCACGACGGUGUAUGUGUCCUGGAACGGCGAUACCGAGACGAAGGUGUGGCGCUUCUAUGAGCUCACCGACGAGAACGGCUCGAGGGAGUUCCUGGGCGAGACCAAGCGUACCGGCUUUGAGACCUCUCUGCUUGUGCCUGGUCGAAGGGUCACUCGCGUCGCGGCCGAGGCUGUCGAUUCUUUGGGCGGAGUUCUGAGGGGAACUGGCGUUGCGAAGAUUGAGCAGGAGAUCCUGCCCAUCAGCGCUGGGAAGGGUCGCAAGGUGCUCCGUCCUCAAGGUGCCAGCUCCCAGCCUCCUGCUGAGAAGGUACUUGACAAGUCCAAGAGCUUCUGGGAGGAGUGGGCCAUCUUCCGUGUUGCUGGGUGGCGCAAGGCUGGUGAUCUCUAA